AUGUACAGAAUAGAUGUUUCAGAUUUUUAUGACUUCCAAGCAUUCAGAAAUAUGUGUCCAUUUAGAGACUAUAACAAAGCAGUCGAGAAUUUGAAACGUUUAGUCAUUUAUGUUGACUCUGCCCCAGAAUGUUAUGUCAUGAAAGAAUGGGAUGUUGUCUUUAACAAACCAAGAGCAACAAUAGUGUCUGAACAAGAAUGUAGACAGAAACUUAAGAAAAUAAAAGUUGUACAAGUUGGAAUGAAGAUGUUAGAUGCUUGGGAUAUCUUAUUGUCAAAG